AUGGCUACACAAAAUUUAGCACCAAAUCAAGAUCAUGCAAGUCCUUUUUAUUUGCAUCCAACUGAUAACACAGCCAGUCAGCUGGUUUCAGUUAAGUUCAAAGGAGAAGGUUAUGGAGACUGGAAGAAGAGCAUGAUGAUUUCUAUGUCAUCUAAGAACAAACUAGGUUUUGUUAAUGUCACAAUAGAGAAACCAAAACCUACACAUCCAUCUUAUCAGGCCUGGAUGAGAUGUAAUGAUAUGAUGAUAUCAUGGAUCCUGUUUAAUCUUGAUGCAACCAUUUCAAAGAGUGUCUUGCCACAGUUGUUUUCUCUAGAACAACAAGCAGCUGAAAUCACUCAGGGAGGACAAAAUGUUGCAGAAUUCUUCACAGAGAUAAAAUCCAUAUGGGAUAAGAUUAGUGCAGCCAAUCCAUUUCCAACCUGUACAUGUAACUUGUGUGCAUGCAAUCUGACUCAGAAAAUCUUUAAGAUGCAACAGGAGCAACGAUUGAUGCAAUUUCUAAUGAAACUAGCAGAGCAUCUGUCUGUAACUAGGGGAAGUCUUUUGAUGAUGCAUCCCUUGCCUACUAUAUCACAUGCUUACAGGAUGCUAGCACAGGAAGAGAGACAGAGAGGAAUUGCAGCACAUGUUCAACAACAUGAGAGUCAUGCAUUUGGGGCUGAUAGAAGGAGAUACAAUGACUAUCAGAAUAUAGGAAACCACAACUCAUACAGAGGACAACAGUUUGGUGCAAAGAACACUUACCAGUACAAUAAACCUACUGGGAACAAGAGGCCUUCUAUAUACUACUGUGAUCAUUGCAAGGUCAAUGGACAUAGCACUGAGAGAUGCUUUAAGUCGCAUGGGUUCCCACCUGGUUUCACUGGUUAUAAGAGGGAUAAAAGAGCAGCAGUGGAAAAUUAUUCAGAUGAAGCUGAUCAAUGCACACAGAUCCUGAAUCUUUUGAAUAAGCAACAAAAUGAUAAACCAAAGCCACCAGAGGCUCAUGAGGAAGGAGAUGUUUCUGGACAUGCUUUUAUGGCAGGUAACACUUUCUGUUUUCUUACUUGUUCUAAGUCAAAUUGGUUAUUGGAUAGUGGAGCAUCAGACCAUAUGUGUGCUAGUCUAGGCAUGUUUGACACUUAUGAAGCUGUGAUUAAUGAUAAUGAUUUUAUCACUAUACCUGAUGGGAGAGAGUAG